AUGGCAGAUGGUUUUGGCUAUGGCGGUUUCUCUGGAGCACCGUCCCCGUUUUGGCUUUCUACUCCGUAUCCGGCUCCGGCUCCGGCUCCGGCUCCGUACCCUCCAGCUUCCGUGCCGCCGUUUCUGGCUAGCCAUCUGGUUGAAUCCUAUGAUCCAACAAGGUUUGAUCCGAUGAUGUUUCAUGGCUCUUAUCACCGAUCGCCGGCCGGUUGGUUGAAUAAUCCAUCGUACCGUGAAAAUUCUCGCUCACAGACUCCUUCUUCAUCGUUUUGGGCUGACAAUAGCCGGCCCGGAAAUUGUGGUCCUAGAAGUGAAGACCCUUAUAAAGACAUGUUCCCUCCGAGUGGAUUACACUCCUCAAGGGAAUCAUCAGCUGAUUUUGUGCCACUUCCCACUGAGAAUUUCUCAGAGAGGCAACGUUUAAACUCGGUUCCUACCUAUAACUCAGCUACCUCAGCUCCAGGGUCUGCUUUAGCAGAUAUGCUAAACAGAAAUAGACAGCAAGCAUUCUAUCAUUCGAUCUCGCCUUCUCAUGUUUAUUCUCCAAGCAAUGCUCUCGAUGAGAACCGUCCAGGGCAUUACCAUCCUGGCUAUGAAAGACCUGAGAGUAUGAAUACUGUCCCUGGUCCUCGUGUGGAGCCUUACACAUCUGUUACAGAUAGCAUUCCAUCUUUCCCUGUGCCAGGCUUGGAAACACAAUCUAUCUUUGAUGGAAAUCAGAGUGGGGUUCAUUUAAUAGAUGGAGGAUUGUUUAACAAUGAUGUUUGUCAUCAUCAUGCGCCUGUAGAAGCUCAAUCCAACGUGCCUGGCUCUUCUGUUGAGCCAGUUAACUUCGAUGCGUUGCUUGGAUUGGGUGAAUCCACUGCUCAUGUCAAGCCUAUGUCUGAGAAUCCAAAUCUUUGUAAUCAGAUAGUUGGCUCGCCAAGUUCGAGGAGUCACCAAUCUUCCCACCCGCCGCAAUUUAACAUCAAAUAUAGGAGCCACUUCUUGGAAUCUUCUGAGGGACCUUCAGCUCCCACUAUGUUUUCUAUGGGAAAUGAGUCAUGUGGUGAGGUGAAAGCGGGUAGUGGGGAUGCUCAGUCAGCUGUCAACUUUAAGACCUUUUUGGAAGGUAGUGCUAAUCAACCUACUGAAGAUGUUCAAGCAAAUCAAAAGCCACGUGAGCUACAGGAACAAAUGUUUGGUAUAAUGAACAGAGAGAAGAAGACCACGUUGUUGACAGAUAUGGGUCUCAAAGGGAGUUGUAGAUCGAAUGCGGAUGAUGUCUCUACUGGCCAAUCACCUGAAAAGAAUUUAUGUGAUCAAGGAGAUUUCCCAUCGCCGACUUCUUCUCCAAAGAUAUCUUCCGUGGUUGAUGCCAUGUAUAAUCUGUCAGAAGUGCUUGUUUAUGAAUGCUUCAACAAGGGAAGCGGGCUGAAGCUGGAACAACUUGAGAACCUUGAUAAAGUAGUAGACAAUCUCACCAAGUGCUUGAAGAGAAUCACCGGUAACACGGCAGUAGCAGCAGCAGGAGUAGCUUCACUUCCAACCCAAGCUAUGCCUGUUUCCAGUCCAAACGUGGUCGAUCUUAAUGAGGCCUCAAGUGUAUUCGCUAAAGACUUACAAGGUCUUAAUGUCAAGCCACUGGACAGCUUUGGCUUCAAAGAAGCGGCGGAUAAGAAUGAGAUGACCCAGGGUAUUAAGAACAUACUUGCUUCCAACUUUCCUGAUGGUGAAGAUAAUCACCCACAAACUCUCUUGUACAAGAAUCUCUGGCUCGAAACUGAAGCUGCCUUAUGCUCCACAACUUGCAUGGCUCGGUAUCAUCGGAUCAAGAACGAGAUUGGUAAUCUCGAAUUGCAGGAUAGAGAGAUCUCUGCAGAUGCAUCAACCUUUAUGCAGGAACCUUUCCUUAACCCCCAGAAAUCGGUUCCCAUCAUGAACAAUGUGGAGCAGGAGACAACUGAAUCUCUCAUCAAACAUGGAAGCAUUUGCGGGAACAAUGCAGUAACAAUGAGUCAUGAUGCACCACAGAGCUCUAGAUUCAACGCAGACCCCGUGGAUGCAGUGUUAUCACUCAUGUCCAGAAGCUUUACGUGUGCUUUAGAGCCAAGCAUUCAUGGAAACUUCACGCCUGAUGCAACCGCUGGAAAGAUACUGGAUGCUGCUAUAAAUAAGGAAUCCACCACAGAGGACAAACAUGAUGAUGUUAUAGACCGGUUCCAGAUUCUGAAGCAUCUGGAGACAAAGCGCAAGCUCAAGUCACAGAACUGCCCAGAUUCAGACGUUGGUGUUACAAACUUGUUCCAGAUUCUGAAGCAGCAGGCAACAGAUCGCAUACUCGAGACUCAAAACUGCCCAGAGACAAAAGUUGGUGUCCAGGAAGACGAUCAAGAAGGUUCGAAGAUGGCUAAUAUUGGCAGAAGCAGUCAUGCGGGUGAUGUUAUGGAUAGAUUCCAGAUACUGAAACGCCGGGAAGCUGAACAAGUGCAGAAGUCUCUCAACAGCUUGAACAUAGAUUCGGAUUCAGAUGGAGACAAUGACCAGCCGAGAAGCAAAACACUGAUGCAUGGUGGUGUUCUCGGGUCAGCCUCGUUGAUGACAAGGCUCUGCGGAUUCAAUUCUCAGAUGGAGACAUGCGUCGAUACCAAACCAUCUGCACCCGGCAAAGGCAACGAGAGCCCGACCUCGGACUGGGAACAUGUCCUUAAGGAUGAUUGA